AUGUCUUUGACGAAAGGAGGUUGGCAGCGCUCGAAAAUAGCAAAGGCUAUUCCACCCGACCGAAUUUCACAGCUAUAUCCUAAUGUUGAUGAAUCUUUAUCUCCUUUACCACGAGCAUGGAGUCCGCGUGAAAGAUGCCAGUUCAUUAUUUUGUCGCAAGACAAUCUUCGUGUUCAAUAUAGAGGUAAUAACACUAAUAAACCUCAUAAAGAUGCUGCUUCGGUAAGGGCAACUUAUCCAAUUUCUCCAGCUUGUGGUAUUUAUUAUUAUGAAGUUAAAAUAGUCAGCAAAGGCAAGGAUGGAUAUAUAGGCAUUGGUUUAUCAGUUCAUAAUUCAAAUCUUAACCGAUUACCAGGAUGGGAAAAGCAUACAUUUGGAUAUCAUGGUGAUGAUGGCCACUCAUUCAAUUCUCAAAGUCAAGGCGAUCCUUAUGGACCGACUUUUACUACAGGCGAUGUCAUCGGCUGUGGUAUUAAUUUUAUUCAUAAUACCUGCUUCUACACUAAGAAUGGACGUAAUUUAGGUAUGAUAAAUUUUUGUACUACAUUAAGACAUGACCUGUAUCCAACUGUUGGAAUGCAAACUAAUGGUGAAAUUGUAGAUACAAAUUUCGGCCAAGAGCCUUUUCUCUACAACAUAGAAGAUGAGAUACAAGAAACACGAAUGAAAGUAUCCCAAAGUGUUCUUAGUACGCCAAUAACUAGUGAAGGCAACUCCGUGCAAGCUAUGCUACACAAAGUGAUUAUUGACUACCUUGUGCACCACGGAUACAGUGCAACUUGUGAAACAUUUGCCACUAUAACUGGACAGUCUUAUAAAGAGGAAACUGCCUCUAUAGAAAAUAGACAAAAAAUUCAAGCUCUGAUUAUGGAUGGCAAAAUUAGUGAAGCAAUUUGUUUAACGGAAAAAAAUUAUCCGACCAUUUUAUCUAAUAAACCAUGGUUACAUAUUCGACUUUUAGUGCGCCAGUUUAUUGAAGCGAUUAAUGGUUCCGAUACCGUAUCCUGUUCAUCUGCAAAUAGUACUUCUGCUAAUAGCAUUAAUACAAAUAAUAAUACCCUAGCUUCAUCUUCUAACAAUGACAUUUCACAAGGUUAA